GGGUGGAUUAGGGGAGGGCUACAUAAAGGGAUCGUUCCAGGGGUUUGGCCCUAAUCUGACCUCUGGGAUGAUGCAAUAUCUGAACCCAUCAAAAGCAUUCAGGGGUAAAGCAGCGUGUAGCUUUGCCUAGUUGGCAUGCACCGGAUCACAAGUUGGCAUCAGAAAUAUUCAAUAAUGUGAACCCGGUGACCCGAAAUCGAAUGUCAUAAAAAUUUAUCUGUAUUAACUGUAUUCUUAAAUGGCUCAUCAUGUCAUUUCUUUACUCGGCCAAUCCUAUUACAGUUGUCAUGACAUGAUGUAGGUAUAUUAUAGACUUGGCCAAUAUUUAGCUUACAAUUUAAUUAACUUUUUACAUUGAAUAUUAUACUUUACCCAAGUAAAAUAUGGGUUUGGUUUGGUCUAAAUUGUCAAAUGAAAGGACAUUUGAGCUUUCUUUUAACAUAAAAGCUACACUUUCAACUCCUCCUAGUAGAUAGCCUCAAGGGAUCAUUGAUUUAAACUGCAUGAGGCUUUAACAGACCCUCUGUGGGAGCUGAUGUUACCUUUGAAAUGUUGCACACACACACUACUUGUUUGUUUUGGUGUUGUCACAUUUCUUAACUCCAGUACCCGCUGUUUUCCCCUGUGUCUUUCAGCGUUCACCAUGAUGAUCAUCCUGGCUCUGAUCCGUAUUGGUAAAGGCCGGGGCGAAGGCCACCCCCGUAUGGCCCAGAUCUCUGGGGUGCCAAACCUGUUUGGAGUGUGUGUCUACUCCUUCAUGUGCCAGCACUCCCUGCCCUCCCUGGUGACGCCCAUCUCUGAUAAGAGGCGUGUGGGAACCCUGGUGGUGUGUGACUAUGUCCUCAUCCUUGGCUUCUACGGCCUGCUCUCCUUCACAGCCAUCUUCUGCUUCGACAGCUCCCUGCUGCACGACAUGUACACCCUCAACUUCACAGACAACUGUGACGUGCUGGACAUCGCCGCGCUGCGCUACUUCCUGGGCCUCUUCCCCGUCUUCACCAUCAGCACCAACUUCCCCAUCAUCGCAGUCACGCUGCGCAACAACUGGAAGACCCUCUUCCACCGUGACGGGGGCACCUACCCCUGGGUGGUGGACCGCAUCGUCUUCCCCCUCAUCACCCUGGUGCCGCCCAUCAUCGUGGCCUUCUGCACCCACAACCUGGAGUCCCUGGUGGGCAUCACGGGUGCCUACGCUGGCACGGGCAUUCAGUACGUCAUCCCCGCCCUGCUGGUGUACUUCGGCCGGCGCCACCUGGAGCCCAUGCUGGGCACGGACGAGGUCAACAAGCACCAGUCCCCGUUCCGCCACACUUUCUGGGUGUGGUUCGUAGUGGUGUGGGCUACCUUCUGCCUCAUGUUUGUCACAGCCAACAUCAUCCUGGAGGACACCAAGAAAUGAGGACACUGACUGACUGUGAAACACGGGUUUCUCUGUGUGGGUGUCUUGUAUUUCUACGUUUUCUCUAUCUGAGGCCUUACAGAACUUGGUACAGUUCGGACGGUGUGCCUUUUUAUGCCGCUCUUGUAGCAUGGGAAACCCUUGUAAUUAAAGCGGUAAUCAGCAGUUGAAACAAUUAUAAAGUAUCCUCCCCGCCCCUGUUUCGGUAAAAAGCUAGAGGAUGGGGCCAUUAUGUAAAUGUAAACCGUUAUCAAAUUCAUAGACAGAGCUAUGCAUGCAAGGAAUAGCCAUCCAGAUAUUCAAAUUAUAGUUUUAACCAUGUUUUGAGGGUAUAUAGUGUUUAUUUACAUUUACUUUGUUUACAAACAUUAGAGAACAACAAGCUUAUAUUCUAGGUUCUGAUGGGGUUUGAGAGUUGAACAAAGCGGAUGUGGCAUUUAUAAGUUAUAUUCUUCAAGAAUCAAUAGGUACAUAUCAGGGACCAAAUAUCUAGUGAUUAUAGUCCAGUAUGAAAGGUGCUACCGUAUGUAGCAACAAAAGGAAAAGGAAGAGGACCUGGUUCACUCUGUUCCAGUGUCCCUCUGUAUAAAAAUACAAGCUGGACAAUCAAAGACCGUAUUAGCAAGGCAUUGCACUACACAACAGCACUGUUU